ACCUCAAUUUGUCUGGGGGCAGGGGCUUGCUUCGUAAAGCCGUAAGCCGGGUUGAGGAGCACGGCACGCAUCUGGGCCAUGUUUGUCUUCGAGGUGAAGCGCCUCCUGCCUUCUUUGAAUGGCCAGCGGUCCUGCUGGCGCUUGACAAUCGCAACGAGAUCUUCGCGCCGCUUGUCCUGUAGGUCAUUGGCCUCAUAAGGUACCUCCAGCCUCACGCUCACGCAGCUCUCUUCUCGUUCCAUCCUCGUUUCCGUUAUCCAAUGUUGAUGAACAGCAGCGGUGGUCCUGUGGUUGUGGUUGUGGUCGUGGUGGUGAUGUGGGAGAGGUCAGUGGGAGAGAUCGAGAGCACCGGCACCCCUGUUCAUGAGGGAUUUCCGUUCCGUCCGAUGUCUUCGAUGGCGAAGUACAUGAUCGGGCGUGGUCUUAGAUGUAUUCCUGCCAAUCUGAGGUCACCACCGGCGCAUAUUUGGUGGUGUUGUCAGGCGUGGGAACGAGCCACCAG